AUGCGGAAAUCCGCUGUAGACAGAUUCAGGCAUCUUUUCAACCGUUCACUCGUUACAUCUCAACAUCACCAUCGCCAUCCUAUCAAUCCUCUUCCCUUUCGUUCAUCGUCUUCCAUGGCUCCCAAUUCUUCUUCCCCUUUCCCUGUUACCGCUCAAAAUAUCAACCCGCAGGUUCUGCAAUGUCAGUAUGCUGUUCGAGGAGAGAUUGUUACGCUUGCUCAGAAUUUGCAAAAAGAUUUGCUGGCCAAUCCAGAUGCUCAUUCUUUUGACGAGAUAAUUUACUGCAACAUUGGAAAUCCUCAGUCUCUUGGCCAGCAGCCUAUAACUUUUUUCCGAGAGGUUCUUGCAUUAUGUGACUAUCCAGCUCUUUUGGACAAAAGUGAAACUCAGGGUUUGUUCAGUGCUGAUUCAAUAGAACGAGCUUGGCAGAUUGUGGAUCAGAUUCCUGGGAGAGCAACUGGUGCCUAUAGUCAUAGUCAGGGUAUUCAGGGUUUGCGUGAUACAAUAGCUGCUGGAAUUGGGGAGCGUGAUGGUUUUCCUGCUAAUGCCGAUGACAUUUUCUUGACAGAUGGUGCAAGCCCAGCAGUCCAUAUGAUGAUGCAAUUACUCACUAGAUCGGAAACUGAUGGUAUUCUGUGUCCCAUCCCUCAGUACCCUCUCUACUCAGCCUCAAUUACCCUCCAUGGUGGCCACCUGGUUCCUUAUUAUCUAGAUGAAGCAACUGGUUGGGGGCUUGAAAUAUCUGAACUCAAGAAGCAGUUGGAAGAUGCCAGGUCCAAGGGCAUCACUGUUAGGGCUUUAGUUGUUAUAAACCCCGGUAAUCCAACAGGGCAGGUUCUUGCUGAGCAAAACCAAAAGGAUAUAGUAGAAUUUUGCAAGAAAGAAAGUUUGGUUCUUUUGGCUGAUGAGGUAUAUCAAGAAAACAUUUAUGCUCCUGAGAAGAAAUUUCAUUCUUUCAAGAAGGUAUCUCGAUCCAUGGGAUACGGCGACAAUGAUAUCAGCUUAGUAUCUUUUCAGUCCGUCUCCAAAGGCUAUCACGGGGAGUGUGGAAAACGUGGAGGUUAUAUGGAGGUGACUGGGUUUUCUCCAGAUGUGAGGGAACAGAUUUAUAAAGUGGCAUCUGUGAAUCUUUGUGCUAACAUCAGUGGUCAAAUUCUUGCAAGUUUGAUCAUGAGUCCACCUAAGGUUGGAGAUGAGUCCUACGAGUCAUACAUGGCUGAGAAGGGUGGUAUUUUAUCUUCCCUUGCUUCGCGUGCCAAGGCACUAGAAGAAGCUUUCAACAAAUUGGAAGGUGUAACCUGCAACAAAGCAGAAGGGGCAAUGUACCUGUUUCCUCGGAUUCGCCUGCCCGAAAAGGCUAUCAAAGCUGCAGAGGCUGAAAAAAGAGCACCUGAUGCGUUUUAUUGCAAACGCUUACUUAAUGCCACAGGAAUCGUUGUUGUUCCUGGUUCUGGUUUUGGGCAGGUAUCUGGCACAUGGCAUUUUAGGUGCACCAUAUUGCCUCAAGAAGAUAGGAUUCCAGCCAUCGUCACCCGAUUGACCGAGUUUCAUGAAAAGUUCAUGAAUGAGUUUCGCGAUUGA